AUGGGGAAGUCGUUUGCUAAUUUCAUGUGCAAAAAGGAUUUUCAUCCUGCGUCCAAAUCCAACAUCAAGAAGGUAUGGAUGGCAGAGCAGAAAAUAUCAUAUGAUAAAAAGAAACAAGAAGAAUUAAUGCAACAGUACCUUAAGGAGCAAGAGUCAUAUGAUAACAGAUUGCUAGGAGAUGAACGUCUAAAAAACGGCCUGAAUUUCAUGUAUGAGGCCCCACCGGGAGUUAAAAAAGAAAACAAAGAGAAGGAAGAAACAGAAGGAGAGACAGAAUACAAGUUUGAGUGGCAGAAAGGUGCUCCAAGAGAAAAAUAUGCCAAAGAUGACAUGAACAUCAGAGAUCAGCCCUUUGGUAUCCAGGUUCGAAAUGUAAGGUGUAUUAAAUGUCACAAGUGGGGUCAUGUGAACACAGAUCGAGAAUGUCCCUUGUUUGGUCUUUCUGGAAUCAAUGCAAGUUCAGUUCCUGCUGAUGGCUCAGGGCCGUCGAUGCACCCCUCGGAGCUAAUAGCGGAGAUGAGAAACAGUGGGUUUGCACUGAAACGAAAUGUACUGGGGAGAAACUUGACCGCAAAUGAUCCAGCACAGGACUAUGUCGCGAAUGACGGUGAAAAAGACCCUGAGGUUAGAUUCCUGAAGUCGCUGACGACCAAGCAGAAACAGAAGCUCCUCGGGAAAUUGGAUAGACUUGAAAAAAAAAAAAAAAAGAAAAGUGAUAAUAAAAAGAAAAAGCUACAGAAGACCAGAAGUAAACAUAGAAAACAUAAAAACAAAUCCCCCCCCUCCUCCUCCCCCUCUUCCCCCUCCUCCUCCCCCUCCUCCCCCUCCUCCUCCUCCAACACUUCAGAAAGCAGCAGUGAGAGUGACAGCAAAGAGAAGCAAAGAGAGAAGAGGAAGACAAAGAAGAGAACCAAAUGUUCAGGCAGUAAAACCGGUGACUCUAAAGAGGAUAAGUCUAAGAACAAGCUUCAUGAAGAACUUCCUAGCAGUCACGGUGACAGGGGAAGAACCGUGGAAAAAUUGAAGCUCCUCAAACAAGAGAAUUCUGGGGAGAAUAGCAAGCAGAUCCAUUCUGGUUCUGACCAGAAGUCCAGAAGCCAUCAUCAUAGUCCAGAGAAGAAAGGGUCUGACAGGAACAGGAAUGGGGGAAUCAGAAGUCACAACAGGGCUGAGAGCUGCCGAAGCAGGAGCCCUCAUGAAGACAGGGACAGAAGAAAGGACGCCAGAAGCAAUGGCCAUGGUGACUGUAGAAAAGCCAGUGCAUGGUGA